UUAUGUUUGUUUUCCACUCAAUGCCACUGUUAUUCUAGAACUUGAUAGCGAGCGCAAAACAAUUAUCAAGUUAGUUGUCAUGAACACGCGGAUUCAGACGCCAAUCAUGAAGCUCGUUAUUCUAAUAUCAAGUUUAGUCAUCGUCCAAGCUGGAGUCACAAAGCGAGAAGCCGAAUGCGAAGGACCUUAUAUAGAAGGCGUCCAACACAGUAAGGAUGUGCUCAAAACUGAUCUUGACAGACCGUACUUACUGACCGCAGAUUUCACUAGCAACACACUGUACUUCAGUUACAGUAUCAAAGGCGAAGAAGAAGGCUUCAAAUCUGCCAAGCUUAACUUAAACACCAAAGAAUUCACCGAUAUAGAUGGCGUUCCAAAUGGCUUUGCUCAAGCAGUAGAUGAAAAGACCCAUGAGGUUUAUAUCGGCGGAAGUGAUGGCAUAUACAAAUACAAACCAAAUGCAAAUACCGCUGAUUUCUUCGGAGCUAAUGGCACUGAUGUUUGGACGAUAUACUACAAGGAUGUGCUCUACUUUUCUAUCUUUCCGUCUCAGUUCCUGUACACAUAUGUUGACGGUGAAAUAACCCGGUUCAAAGAUCUGGAAGAUACUCUAGUCGACAGUUUUCUUAUUGAUAAUGAAAAUACCAUGUUUUUCUCAAACAGUUCCGGUUUGUACAGUCAAAAAAAAGGUACGAAAGAUGCGACUAAUAUUUCUGGUGAAGAUAUACGCAUUAGAGGAUUGACUAAAAAUAAAGAUGGUGAUGUUUAUGCCUGCGUUCAAGAUGGAAUUUACUCAGUGGAUAAAACGCAGCAUUCUUUAGAGAAAUAUGUGGACAUUGACGAUGCUUUUGGCGUGGCAUUUGACAAUCAGAACAACUUGAUUUACGCUGAUGCGACAAGUGUUGUGAGACUUACACCCUGCAAGUGAAAAAAGUGUUUAAUAACUUUCUAAUAAGUCUACUUAUUCAAUUAUUUAUCACGUCAUUAAGUUUAAGAAUAGAUAGCAGGUUAGUACUUGUUUUCAUUUCCAUACAACUUUACCGUUAAUUUUGUAUAUAAUCUUGAUUAUACUCUGUCUGUCCUUCCAGAGUUUUUACCAAAACCAUUUUAUUCUACUUUCCAGUAAACAAAGUUCUCAUUGCAAAUUAGCGUAAAUUUUACAAAUGUUGAUCAAAUUCUAUUCUAACGCGUGUAAUUAGUCCCCAGCAUGCUCAUAAACUGUGACGGACAGAGGCCACAAGGGCACAAUCGAAUUCAGUUACUACUGCAAAGGAGCAAGGGUCACAUUUCAAUGUCGCAACACUUGAUAAAGUUAGUAAUUUACCAGAUAAUAGGGAAACAUAAACACACGCAUCAGUACUCGGCGUGGAGUGAGACGAAAUAUACGCGAUAAUGAAUUAUUUAUUUGCGAUCUUCCUGUUUUGCGUAGAAGCGAAAGUUACGAAAUAUGUGUCGAACGUCCCCAUCCGGCAAAUCGGCAGUAGAUACUACAGAGAAGAGCUACUGACCGACCAAUUUCAAGAUCCGAGGGAGCUGACCUACGAUUCAUCAAGCAGAAAUCUGUUCUUCACAUACAUGGAUGAUGAGUUGCAGAAUUCUGGUAGAGGCUGCGUCAACAUUGUAACGAAAGAAGCCAGGAAGAUACCUGGGAUAGCCAGAAAUAAAGCUAUAGGAGUUGAUAUUGACACUGGGGAUGUCUAUUUUGGUUCAGACGAUGGCUUAUACAGACUCGAUCCUGUAUUCAAUAAUGCUACAGUAAUAGGUCUGUUUAACAUAAAUAUUAUGAAAAUUGUGAUUCGGAAUAAUGAAAUAUAUGUCCUAGACGCCAACAAUCACAGCAUUUAUAAAGUUAAGAAUGCUAGAAAAGCUUACAAAAUUGGAGAAUGGAAAACAGUUAUGGAGUUUGAUAUGGAUUAUAGUAAAAAUCUACAUUUUGUGAAUAUGUGUGGGCUUUUUGCGUUCCGAAUGGAUCGGAAGAAGCAGUGAAGAAUGAAGAUUUGCCGCUAGUUUAUCAUUUUCUAAUAGACGAACAGAAAACCUUUGGAAUGACUUUGGAUUCUUUAUAUGAAAUAGAUUGUCAGAAUGGAAGUGCCAAGAAAGUAGCAGACAUAGACUUUUAUAUAAGAAGUAUAACGUUUGGUGAUUAUGGUGAUAUAUAUUAUUCCACAGAUAUCGGUUUGUUUAAGUUGAAACCAAUCAAUCGUUAUGUUAUUUUCGAUGUAAAAAGGUCGAGGACGUAAAUAUUAAAAGUUGAUAAGGAUUUAA